GCAUCCAGCGGUGCUGGUGCUGCCGCCAUGGACGAGCCCUUAAGGAGCCCGCCGGGGCUGUCCGCCAUCCUGGCGAGGACAGACUGGUCCGAGCCCUGGCUGCUGGGGCUGGCGGCUUUCCACAUCCUCUGCUUCCUCCUAACGUGCGUCUCUUUCCAGCACUACCGGGUACAAAUAGGGCACUUCCUCUGCAUGGUGGGCUUAGUAUACAGUGCUGAAUAUAUAAAUGAAUUGGCAGCCAUGAAUUGGAGGCUGUUUUCUAAAUACCAAUACUUUGAUUCAAGAGGAAUGUUUAUUUCACUUGUAUUUUCAGCACCACUGCUGGUGAAUACUAUUAUAAUUGUGAUAACCUGGGUUUACAGAACUUUGAAUGUUAUGACUGAACUGAAGAUGCUGCACCAGAGAGUGAAAGCAGAAAAAGAAAAAAAGAAGUGAAAGUACCUAACACUUUUUACUUUUUUUUGAAGUUAUAAUAAUAGUCAUCCAAGUAAUCAGUCCUUCUGUACAUUUAUCCAGAAACAACAGUAUUGCUUUGGCUGAUGUCAAGAGGGCUUUGCAUCCUGUGGCCAUGGACAAUGAAAUGAAAGCAGGUAUCUACAAUACACUUGUAUUGGCUAUGAAGUUGAGAAACGUGGUCUUAAGAGGUCUUUGUGCCCUUCAAAAUGAGAUAGUUAAUGACGAAGACUAUUCGCAUUGGCCAGACACAGUCUUCUGAUCUGUUCCUGCUUAUUGAUUAUGUGUUUAUGGAGUAUCCAGUCUUCUGCUGCUUCGACCAAUUGGAGCAGUGUUGUCAAUUACAGUAAAAGAGGGCUUGUAUUCAGAAUACCUCAGGAAUCCGUGCUUCUGUGAAGCAUUUCACAUCUUUAUAAAUCAAGUUUCAUAUUUCUUAUGUGUAUUAUAUGCCAGUAGCAUUUUAUAAAUAAAAUUAUUGACUGUAUCUAAAAUUGACCUAAUUCAUAUUA